CUCAUCGUUAGUUCAUUUAUGGUGCCAAAGUGCACCUUCUGUUUUCCCGACUGCCUAAUAUCUACAUUUGCUUAUCUGUAUAUGCGGGCACGAUAUACAUCGCUGGCCCGGAUGCGGUUUACGCGGUUUCCGAUGAUUUUGUUCGCAUAUGUCAGUAGGACACGCUCAUCCACAUUCAUUAGUCUAUACUAGCAGUGACGUCUAUUGGCGAAUGGCUUCGCAUCGGAGCAAAGUGCCCUACAUGGAGACCAGCUGAAACACUCGGGAUCGGGGCAAACAGAGACAGCAUGUGCACCUUCAUGUGUGUUCGUGAGCCACUUCAGUGAUUUGAUCAUCACUGAUCAACCACCUCUGUCUUGGUCGAGUCGUGAGUAACCCUCAUCCAGAGAGGGCUGGUGGAUAUUUCCAUGGCAGGGGAGAAGAGCCGGCGCAGCGCCAUGGAUAUCAAGCGCCUUGCUGGCCUGCUUCAGCGUGGAGCCGGCCGCUUGCUGGUCAUCGACAGUCGGACGUUCUCGGAGUACAACGCCUCGCAUGUGCACGGUGCCGUCAACGUCUGCUGCUCCAAACUCGUCAAGAGGAGACUUCAACAAGACAAGGUGUCGGUUACCGAGCUCCUGCAACCCAACGGAAAGGUCAAGGUGGACAUGGGCCGCCGACAGGAUGUGGUGGUGUACGACCAGAGCACGAAGGACGCCGGUCAGCUCUCCAAAGACAGUUUCGUCCACAUUCUCCUGAGCAAGCUGGACGGCACCUUCCACCGGGUGUCUCUGCUCACAGGUGGUUUUGCAGCAUUCUCAUCCUGUUUCCCAGGCCUGUGUGAAGGAAAGCCUGUGGCUACUCUGCCCAUGAGCUUGUCUCAGCCGUGCCUACCCGUGGCAAACGUGGGUCCCACACGAAUUUUGCCCCAUCUCUACCUGGGCUCACAAAAAGAUGUGCUGAACAAGGAUCUAAUGGCUCAGAAUGGCAUCACGUAUGUGUUGAAUGCAAGUAACACCUGCCCGAAGCCUGAGUUCAUCUCUGAGAGCCAUUUCAUGCGCAUUCCCGUCAAUGACAACUACUGUGAAAAACUCUUGCCGUGGUUAGACAAAACCAACGAAUUUAUUGACAAAGCCAAGGUUUCCAACUGCCGAGUCAUUGUCCAUUGUUUAGCUGGUAUCUCCAGGUCUGCAACCAUCGCCAUUGCUUAUAUCAUGAAGACAAUGGGCUUGUCAUCAGAUGAUGCGUACAGAUUCGUGAAAGACCGGAGACCUUCAAUAUCACCCAACUUUAACUUCUUAGGACAGCUUCUGGAAUUUGAGAAAGGCUUGAGGUUGCUAAAGGCUCUCUCCUCAGGUCAAGAGAAGUCGGAUCAGUUGAAGGAACUAUCGGAGCCUAGAGGGGAAUCUUCCAGUAAUCCUGAGAAGAGCCGCCUGGAGGCUGAGAAAGACAGUAAGGAAAUGGAUGGCAAGAUACCCUCUCCGACGUCCCUCCAGCAGGGUUUUAAUGGCUUAAACUUGUCGGCAGAGCGUAUCCUGGACACCAACCGCCUAAAGCGCUCUUUCUCGCUCGAUAUCAAAUCCGUCUAUGAGCCCAACCACUGUCCUCGCCUUGCACCUGCGCAUACAGAGGAUGUCCCCAAACUCUGCAAGCUGGAUAGCCCAGAGGCCGGAGAAGCCAAUGGUGUCUACCAGUACUCACCUGUUUCUAUCAGCCCUGGUUUAGCUGAAUCUCCAGGCCACUUUCCUGAGAGCAGCUCCCGACCACGUUCACGGAGAAAAAGCAAGCACAAUGGUAGUAGCGCUGGAAGUUCACCCGUGCACAUGCAAGGCCUAAAUUUUGGACAUUCACUCCCUGCACACAAGAGUCUUGAUGACAAUCUGAAGCCCUCCCUGCUGCUCAGCCUUCCCACCGUUGGCACCGGACCCAUGUGGACCAAGCAUAGAGACACCGUACAGGCCACCACUCCUGUGACGCCAACAGGCGAAGCCCCUUGGUUCUACAGCUCAGAGUCAAUGAACAGCACUGGAGGAGGGGCGGUACACUUUCCGGCACUUGGGUGUAGCUGUCUCCCAGGACCGCGUGAGGCUGUGCGUCUGCGGGAGAAGGCAGGGGACCCACGGGACUCCAGGAGCAGUUGGCACGAGGAGGCUCCCACUUCCAGCGCUGCUGACAAACAGUUCAAGCGUCGCAGCUGUCAGAUGGAGUUCGAAGAGGGGAUAUCGGAGACACGCUCAAGGGAGGAGUUGGGUAAGAUCAGCAAGCAGUCCAGCUUUUCCGGAAGCAUGGAGAUCAUCGAAGUAUCCUGACAUCACCUGCACAGCCAAUGGGGACUUUCACACACAGGCAGACAGGAAACAUGAUGAUUGAGAGUGGAAAAGUGGAAUGAGCAUGGACAGGCUGUUGUUUAACACAUUCAGAAUAGUUCAUAGGCUUAUAGAUAAUGACUGCACCUCAGAAAUUUUCAAGAAACUUUUUUGGUCUUUUCAAGCCGGUGGAACCGGAUGACUUUGCUUUUCUCUUUCUACUGUUUUUAAGCCAUAGCCAUCCCCAGAUGACAAAGAGAUGAGACUCGAGUUGUCGAAUUCAACUCCUUGAUCUAGAAACACCCCCCCCCCAAUAAUAAAAAAGCUUUAUCAGCGUUUUUGGUAUAUUGAGAAUCAAGCAUGGCUGUUAUG